UGGAAUUAUAACAAACGCGGAGACGACGACGAUGCAGUUCCACGUGUUAGCUGUCGACGACAGCGUAAUCGACAGAAAGUUGAUCGAGAGGCUUCUCAAAACUUCUUCUUAUCAAGUUACUGUUGUGGAUUCUGGUGUGAAGGCUCUAGAGUAUUUAGGGGGUAGUUGUAAUUAUCCAAACAACAUGCAGGAAGUGGAAGUGAACUUGAUUAUCACCGAUUACUGCAUGCCGGGAAUAAAUGGUUACGAUCUUCUCCGAAAAAUUAAGGAAUCGACAACAUUAAAGAAUAUUCCGGUAGUAAUAAUGUCGUCGGAGAAUAUUCCGUCGAGGAUAAACAAUUGUUUGGAGCAAGGAGCAGAAGAAUUCUUCCUAAAACCAGUUAAACAAUCUGAUGUGAAUAAACUGAAGCCACAUUUAAUGAGAGGAAAAGGGAAAGAAAAUCAGCCUAAUUUUGUUGUUAACAAGAGAAAGCCAAUGGCAGAAUGCCUCUCACCUGAUAGAAUAAGAACAAAAUACAACUAUAUAUAG